AUGAAAGGAGGCUCCGCGACCCUGAUCCUGCUGCAGCUGAUGAUCCAAACAGCUCAUGAUGCUGCCUUUGCUCAGCGCCCAGUCUCUCUGCAGUCUGUGCGGGAUCAUGCGGACGCCUUUGUGCGCUGUGUGCAUCAAACUUAUGCAAAGUCUGAGGACAUGGCUGCGAUGAUCACGUCUGCAGGAGACAGGGAGGAGAGUGAACGCAGGCGCGCGUUCUUCGCCGCUACAGCGCCCCGUCCGGACUCCUCUAAGGACGAGGAGUCUGAGAUUGACUGGGCCCCCCUCGACAUUCCACCUGUGCCCGCGGAGUGGGGUGACUGCGAGGACGGAGAGGUGUCGGAGGUCGGCUCUCUCCUCACGCUGGACGAGGUGGUGUCCAACCCGGAGCCGGACCGCUUCCCGCUGGACCACAUGCCUGGGCUCUACGCCACGGCGGCGGCCAUCAUGGAUGCCCCCCUGCCACCGCAACCGAACCAGAGGGUGGAGGACUUCACCUCUGGGUCGGGUGAUCAGCUGUUUGUGUGUCUGGGCCCCAAGAACAGGGGCGCCCCGCUGUCGGCUCAGCGGCUGGCGCAUUGGGUCGCCACGGCGGUGCGACGGGCGUAUCAGGCGCAGGGCCUGGCCCCCCCGUCGUGUCUGGGUCACGGCGCCUUGUUCCUCGCCACGCUCCACACCUCGUUAUACGGUUGGACCAGAGCCUUGGACCCCCAGCACUACCCCUUCUACCUGCCCCCGCCCUUCCUCCUGGUGGUCCUCCCUCCCGCCGUGCUGCUCCUCCUCCGCUCGCUCCUGCUCCUGCCCUGUGUCGCUCUCAGACUCACCAGGAUCCGCAGAGGCUGGGAGAAGAGCCGACACAUCCGCUUCACUCUGCCCCAGGACGACUGCGGCAACGGGCUGGAAGACAUCAGCCGGACUGACCACGCCCCCUCUGACUGUGACCACGCCCCCGAUGACCACUCUGACCACGCCCCCGAUGACUGUGACCACGCCCCCACUGACCACGGCCCCGCUGACUGA